CUAGUCCACGAGAACAAGAGGCAGCUCACAGCCGCGGAGACAAGCGAAUCAAUUUAGGGGGGACGAGGAGAAAAGGAGAGACAGACAGCGAGGCUGGAGGAAGGAGAAGGAGAGAGAGAGAGAGAGAAAAAAAGCAGGACGAUCGCGGAGGAGAAGGAGGACGAGAGGAGAGGAGAGGAGAGAAGCCAUCGAGCAUCGCGCCGCGAACAUUGAGUGAGACGCACUAGCCUCAGCAGAGACAACACAUUCAGGAGCAGCCCCACCCCCACCUCCAGAAUUCGAUUCAUCCGCAAAAGAUUGUCAUGGGAUUCGAAAAAAACAAAUCAGGGUUCCCUGAAAUGACAUGUUGAAAGUUGUUUGUCAAAGAUUUGUCAAAGAAGCAUGAGCGAAGUAAAAUAAGAAUCUGUGAAUAAUAGAUAUUCUUUGAUUUAACAUCCCACCUUGUUCUGUGACAGUUUAAAGGAGGAAAUAACAGAACAAGAGGAUAGAAUAUGGACAUUAAGAUAAGCACUUAGAAUCCCUCGUUUAGAGGUGACUGAACAUUAUUGCAGUAGGGGUGGGUCAUGACUCAGUUGCCAUGCGUGUUGUCACGGUGACCAGCCCCUGUGCCCCUUCCCCCCUCCUCUGGUUGGUCCAGCUUUUGUUGUGGUUCCACAACCAUGGACCUCAACUUGCAGAGGCGGCGCCCCCCUGCCCCUCCCUGUGCACCUGCUCCAAUCAGGCGAGCCGUGUCAUCUGUACGAGGAAGAGUUUAGAUCAAGUCCCGGAGAGUAUUUCAGAGAACACAAGAUACCUCAAUCUACAAGAAAACACCAUUCAGGUGAUCAAGUCUGACACUUUUAAGCACCUGCGGCAUUUGGAAAUCCUCCAGCUCUCCAAGAACCACAUCCGACAGAUUGAGGUGGGAGCUUUCAAUGGCCUCCCAAACCUCAACACGCUGGAGCUUUUUGACAACCGGCUCACAGUUGUACCGUCACAAGCCUUUGAGUACCUCAGCAAGCUAAGGGAAUUAUGGCUACGAAACAACCCCAUCGAGACGCUGCCGGCAUUUGCCUUUCAUCGUGUUCCCUCUUUGCGCCGUCUCGAUCUCGGAGAACUCAGGAAGCUGGAUUUCAUCUCAGAGGCUGCCUUUGAAGGUUUAGUAAAUUUGCGCUUCUUGAAUCUUGGUAUGUGCGGCUUGAAGGACAUCCCUAACCUCACCCCACUAUUACGACUAGAGGAAUUGGAGCUGUCUGGGAACCAGCUGGGUAUAGUUCGGCCUGGAUCCUUCCAAGGCCUAGCAUCCCUUCGCAAGCUGUGGCUAAUGCACUCCAGAGUGUCAGUGAUCGAACGCAAUGCUUUUGAUGACCUCAAAAAUCUGGAGGAGCUCAACCUCUCCCACAAUUCCCUGCAUUCCCUGCCCCAUGACCUCUUCACCCCUUUGCACCAGCUGGAAAGGGUACAUCUCAACCACAACCCUUGGGUGUGCAACUGUGAUGUUCUUUGGCUCAGCUGGUGGCUGAAAGAAACAGUUCCCAGCAACACCACAUGCUGUGCUCGCUGCCAUGCGCCUCCAGGUCUAAAGGGCAAAUACAUUGGGGAACUAGACCAGAGCCACUUCACCUGCUAUGCCCCAGUGAUCGUUGAGCCACCCACUGACCUCAAUGUCACAGAGGGCAUGGCUGCCGAGCUGAAAUGUCGUACUGGAACAUCGAUGACCUCUGUGAACUGGUUCACUCCGAAUGGCACUCUGAUGACCCAUGGAUCGUACCGAGUCAGGAUCUCAGUGCUUCAUGACGGAACACUGAACUUCACCAACGUGACCGUGCAAGACACCGGGCAGUACACAUGCAUGGUAACCAACUCCGCUGGAAACACCACUGCAACCGCUGUGCUCAAUGUGUCUGUGUCAGAUCCCAGGGACAGCUACAGUUAUUUCACCACUGUCACUGUGGAAACAGUAGAGACAGUAAGAGGAGAGGAGGAAAAUUCGGCGAGACAGUAUAUUAAUGAGACCUUCAUAGAAUUCUCAAAUCCUACUGUUCAAAGAGGGAGACCUGGCGUCACUAUAACUCCCUCCCCUUCCUCUAUUUCCUCACUGUCCCCACGAGCUAACAGAGGUAUGGAAAACUCACCGACAAUGUCGAUAAUGGAUGUAACUAACAUUCCAGGCCUGGAUGAUGUAAUGAAAACAACUAAAAUCAUCAUAGGUUGCUUCGUGGCCAUCACUUUUAUGGCCGCCGUAAUGUUAGUGGUCUUCUAUAAACUCCGGAAGCAACACCAGCUACACAAGCACCACGGCCCCGCUAGAGCCAUCGAAAUUGUCAACGUGGAAGAUGAGAUUGGAGCUGGGGCAGGAAGUGGAAUCUCAGGUGGCUCAACGAUGAAUUCCGGCAUGGGUGGAGAAGGAACCCUGAGGAGACAUCAUCCAGAAAUAGUCAACCUUCCCAACAUUGGCCGUUCAGAUACUCUCAACCAUUAUUACAAGACCCAUCAUUUCAACAACAACGUGAUGGGUCUUAGUAUUGGCGGUGAAGGGAUCGGACCAGGAGGGAUCAUGAGUAGCAAGAUGAUGCAAGGCCACGAUAUCCCCAUCUCCUGUACCUCAGUCCCAAUCUCUUCAUCUAAUAUGCUCUCCUCAUCAGGCAAUGGCACCAAUCCCAAUUCUAUGUCCCCACCUCUGCCGAUGUCUCUCCCCAUGCCUACUAUGGGCUUACAUGGAUCAAUCAAGGGUUUCAUGGGCCAAAACCAGAAUCCUCAAAUGGAGCCUCUUCUCUUCAAAGGCAACUCAAAGGAAAAUGUCCAAGAGACUCAGAUCUAAAAAAAAAAAACAAGAGCAAGGAGUAUAGAGAGAGAGUGAGCAAGAGUCGAAGACAGAGAGGGGAUGGAUGUCGGGUUUAUGCACGGAAUGAUUAGACACUAAGAGUGCAAUCGACGUUACACCAGGAAAGAGGAUAGACUGACAAGGCAAUACACAAACACAUAGACUUAUUCGUGACAGUGUACAUGCCAAGGAUUUCCACAAUGAGCCUCUUGUGUUUGUAGUAACGAUCAUGGCCAUGGAGAUGAAGGAAUGGACAUUCUACAAUGUAAAUCUGUGCCAAAGCAAAUGUUUUUUGCAGUUUCUACAAGCUGUGUUCUCGUAGGGAAAAACUAGCCUUUCUGAGUAAUCAGUCCCGUAUUCGUUGUUGGCCAGCAGAGAUGAAAGACAUGCACAGCACUUACCACACUGAAGACCGGAGAUAUUACAGACAAAAAAAAAGUUUGAAGAGACAUUUUUCUUCACCACAAAACGCAAGCCACACUCUCUCUCAAGUGACUCAAUAGACUCCCUCAAGGUGAAAAUUAUGUAGGCAUAAAUAGAUGGACAAAAAGGUACAGUGCAGUACAAACUACUGUGAAAAAUCCACAAAUUAUAUAAAUAUAUUUUCAUUUAAAUAUGUAUCAUUGCAGACUCCGAUGCAGAGAUAUUUUGGGGUGGAUGUAUAAGCUGGUAUAGUUUGUUUCUUUGUGAAUAAUCAGGGGUGGCGAUAGUGACGGUUGGUUAUGAUACAUGUUUUAAGUUUGGCUACUUCUCAGAAACAUAAGGGCUCAAUUGCAACACUCAUUGUGAAUCUUUGAAUUGGCUUUGUGACAUAAAGUCCAUUUAGGUUGUAGAACGGUAAAUGCAGAUCUCUGUUUGACAAACUUUUGUCUGUUGCUUCAGUAAUAAUCAUUACAAACUUUUGUGUUCUAAGAGUGUAUUAUGUAUUUUGUAAAAGCCAGCUACUUGGUAUUUGAAUUUGACGAUUCUGAUACUUAAACGCCAGCAUCAAAUAAUGGUCAAAUUAUGUUCCACAAAACAUGGAAAGGUAACUCGAUGCAAAGAUCUGUAUGGGUAAAAUAAAAGUGUUGACAAUGUGUUAUUUAAAUCAGAUCAGUAGCCAGAUAUUUGCUUUUAGACAGGAAUUUGAUAUGACCUCCUUGCUCAUGGUUACCAUAAUCAUGCCAUAAAAUGCUGUCAUAGGGAUGAUCAGACAUCUAUCUAGAACAGCAUUGAAGAAGAAGGGAUUAAAACAUCCAUCUUUGGAUGAUUGGAAUGAAUGGAAAUGUACAGUAUAUUAAUAAUAAUAAUGUCUGGUUGUAUGACAAUUGUAAGAUCCACAUUUUUACAGUGUAACUUUCAUAUGUUAAAUGCCAUUUACGCUUCUUGCGUUUAAACUAUGUAUUUCUUUAUUUUUGUUAGUUUGAUAUACUGUGUACAGUUGUCUAGCCAUGUAUCAUUACGUGUGAAAUAAAUCAAUCAUAUAUUGGGUUGUGGCGGGUCAAUGUGGCGACCACAUGAGUAAAGAGUGAGACGUUAUGCAGCCCUCUGUACUAAACCUGGAUUGAAUGUAUGGUUUGUGGUUUAGCCAUUAGUCAGCCUGGUAAUGAUAGGUGCCACCUGCUCUACUAACAUGUCCAGACAGGCUUUUAGUCACUCUCCUGUAGUUGCUCUACAGACGCUACUGGUUUUGCUAAAUUAGUGUUUUUUGAACGAACUAGAUGAUGUUAUUCCUACUGAAGGUGCUUUUGUCUGAAGUUAGCCCUCGAUGUGCUUCUCC